AUGUCAACUCCCGCACAAAAAGCCAACCUAGCUCGCAUCCGAGACAACCAGCGGCGCUCCAGAGCAAGAAGGCGAGAAUACCUGCAGGAGCUGGAGCAGCGCCUUCGCCUAUGCGAGUUACAGGGAAUCGAGGCCACAACUGAGGUCCAGGUUGCCGCGCGCCGUGUCGCGGAAGAGAACAGGCAGCUGCGACAGCUCCUCAACAAGCAUGGGUUCAGCGACGAGUACAUUGCCCGCUUCCUGCAGGCCGCAGCUCCCGCAGGCGGCCCUCCGGACAUGAGCCACGGACAGGGCUUUGCACCCGUCGAGCCGGGUAUGGCCGUGCACGCGCUGCAGCAAGCGAUGAUAUCGCGACGACCGGCCAGCCUCGACUCCAACACGCCCUUCCCCGUCUCGAACCAGGUCCUAUCGGACUCGUCUAUCUCGAGCACCCCCUCCAUGUCCAACUCCACGCCCUGGGACUCCAUCCCCGCCGAAGCCGCCUCGUCGUACGGCCACAACCCGGCCAUGCAUCUCCAGGCGGCCGCCAACACGAUCCCAAGCCAGCCAAGUCCGCAGCAGCAGUAUCCGGCCGCCGUGUUCAUGGGGAACCAGCCUCGCGGCGGACCGGGGACUUACAUGAGCCAACCAGCGCAGAUGGUGGUGUCGACACCCGGCAUGGCUCAACCCAUGCAGCAACAGCAGCAACAUCAGCCGAAUGGCGGAGGGCCGAUGCAGUAUGACGGAACAUUCAACACCUAUCAUGCAGCAAACGACGGUAGCUACGGCGAUGGAUCUGCGGGUGGAUGGUCAGGAUAG